UUUAGAAGAAAUGAAAACUUAUACUGUUGCAGUCGAGAUGUAUGAUUCUGACAAUCACCUCAUUCAUCUUUCUGAUUAUAUCAGAGUGGUGCUAACUUUCCCUAAAAAACUUUUCCAUGUGAAUUUUACUACUGCAAAUGGAACGUAUUGCAACGUCCAAGCCCUUGUUCCUGGAAAGGGGAAAAUCAGAGCUGAACUAAAAGGAGUAAUCGAGCGGGGAGACUUGAUUAGCUCUAAAGACAUACUAGUUGCAACUACAGAGGAAGUAUCGGUACUCCAGAAAAUAGUCAUUUUCCCACCUGAUACAUUUUUACCUUACGAAAGGUCGAUAAUGCCUCACAAAGUUCUACUUAAAGUUACGGGUGGCUCAGGAGAAUAUAUCUGUGCUGUGAGUGAUUCUACAGUUGCAUCUAUUGCAGUUGUCUCAGACACACCUUACACCGUUGAAGUUCACGUUAAGAAUGUAACAAAUUUAGUUGUGACUAUUACUGAUAGAAUUAAUCUCAACAACAUUGCCUUUGCCAAGAUAUCUGUGCAGCUCGUGAGUGAUAUAGAGGUGUAUCCAACAGUUGUUGAAGCGGAGGUUAAUAAUUUCGUGGUUCUUCCUGUUGCUUUAGUGGGUAAUGACGGCUCUAAAGCUGGUAGUAGCCGUAAGUUCGAUGAUUGUUCCCAAACAAGACCAAUCGUGGAAAUAAUCGAAAAGCACAUUUUGAAUCAUACAUACGACUCUCAAGUUCCUUCGUACGGGAAAGGCUGCAUGAAUCUGGUUUUUGAGUGUAAAUAUCCUGGAUACUCGAGAGUUAAUAUUAUGUAUCAAUCAAAUGAAAAUACAACAAAUAAUACCACAUUCAAAACAACUACAGUUAUGGCUUGCUUUAAACGUUUAACGGCUGUUCAUCCAGUAAGAGUAGCAGUUCUGGCCUUGGGUACUUCGAAAGAAGUCGCCUUCGAAGGAGGUCCACGGAAGUGGCCACUAUUCAAGGACGGACAUUUUACAAAACUGGAGCCAGCUAAUGAUGGAUUGCUAGAUAUUUCCCUGAUUAAAGAUCCAGUCAGAUAUAACAAGGAUUUGACAGUUUUUCGAGUACUCUGUAAGGGUCUAGGAGAAAGUGAUUUGACGUUUAAAAUUGGGAAUGUGCAAUCAGCCACAAAUCCACAUCCAGCGCAAUCAGAAGCUCAGAUCAAGAUAUUUUGUUCUGAGCCUUCAACAAUUCAUCUCAAGAAUGCAGUAAACACGGUUGGUAAGAAAUUGAAAGAUGAAAGCAUUGUGAAAGUUCCAUUUUAUGGCGAUAAAGGAUUUUCUGUUGAUGUGUGGCUGAAAGAUUCUGUGGGCCGGAAGUUCGCCAAUAUAUCCGUAUUUGAAAUUGAGUGGGAAGUGUCGGAUAAGACACUAGCCGAACCAAACGACGGACUUUCAACCCACGAGAAUGCAGUGGCAGGGUAUAGGAAAAUCACGAGAGAUUUCAAAGAAUUCAAACUUAAGGGAGGCACAGGAAAGCUGGAAGUUCGAGCGAAAGUUCUUAAGUACAAGUCAGAUUACCUGUCAAAAGAAGGCAUUGUCAAAUAUAAGAAUAUUAAAGAAAUAUCAAAUUCUAUCGUCUUGAAUCUUGUCAGUUUGAGAGACAUACAUGAUAAUCUGUACGCAACAGAUGCUACGGACAAUAAAGAGAAGCAAGAAGGAGGACACUGCGACAAAGAUUCCUGUUAAGUGUAAAUUCUUACAACACUUCGUCAACCGUCGCCUUGCCAAAAGUGACAUUAUGCAAAUUUUGGGACAAUGACAACGCUUCCUGAGUUCAUUUUAUUCGUUUAUUUAAACAUCUCUAGAUUAAAUUAUAAAGUUAUAUCACAACGAACCAUUUAAAACUCAAUUUAGCCAUUUAGGCUCGUAGCAAUCUUCCUCAGAGCCUACGUUGUCCAACUAUACAAGGUAUCUUUUUCUCAUCGUUAGCCUGCUCCCAGCAUUGCCGGUCUUGCAGUAAAAGUGUCCAUAUGCAGGCCACUGGUACUCAUUGCUAUUCGUGUACAUCCAAUGUUAUCACACGGUUGACACGCAUCCUCAAAUUCAAAAAAGUUCCUUAAACUCCUCAAUGUUGUAAAAUCACAACAGCGAGGCAC